AUGCAAGGAUUCUACACUGAGUCUAUUACCUGGGAACUGGACUACACUUUGGAGAGCGAAAUCACUCUUCUCGUCCGCCAUAGGAAUGCUGCCUUUCGCAUCUGCUACGAUCCACGGAUCCUCGCCGCCUCGUCUCCUGUCUUGGAACAGCAUCGCAAGUUUUACAACGUCCUAUAUAAGGAUGAUCCAGAUGGAGAAUCCGGUGAAGUGGAGGAACGUCUCAGAAAGCCGUUUGAGGAACUUAUGACUCAGAUGGCCCCAAAUCAAAUGGAGUCAACGUGGAAUCUGCAUAGCUAUCUCUACCCGCCGUGGUUCAUUCUCGAGGCAGGGGUAGCUGAGAGCAGCAGCCACAUUCAGCCACAUUUCAGGGUGGCCCUCUCGCGACAGGAGUUCUCACCUCCGGGUCAAUAUGUGAGCAACGAGUCCCUUAAACGGCACCUAUCUCUGCUACUUAACUCGAAACUCAACAAAUACUCGUCUCGUCAAGUGCAGGUUCUGGAUCUAACGUCGCAUUUGGUCCCAUCUAAGGUCCUUGUGGAUGAUGAUGAGUACUUCUUCAAACCUUGGGUGUCAGGUCGAGUGCAUGGAUACCACGAGCUACAGUCACACAGCAAGAUACUUGCGGACGCUGAGGCAAGCCCGCCACUUCUUGCUGAUAUACGCAUCUGUCACCUUCACGGUCUGAUUAUCGACAACGACGAGGAUGUUCUUCAACACUAUCCUCUCGACAGCGAUGAAGAGUACCACCCUGGGACACGUUUGGUCGGACUACUUCUCACCUAUAUCGAGAAUAAAGGCACUCUGAAGGAUUUGGCGCCUUGGUCCGACUGUACAAAUGAGGAUCGGCUUCGCUGGUCUACGCAAAUACAAAACGACGUUGAAUGUUUGCAUGAGGCAGACGUUGUUUGGGGUGACGCUAAGCCUGAGAAUGUCUUGGUUGAUAUGAAGGGCGAUGCCUGGAUCAUUGAUUUUGGCGGCAGUUAUACCCGGGGCUGGGUUGACGAGGAUAAGCAGGAAACUGUGGAAGGAGACCUGCAGGGUGUGCAAAGGAUUGAUGAUUGGCUCCAUGAAUGGUCCCGCCAGCCUGUUACUCGUAUUAAGUGA